AUGCUACUCGAAGCACCGACGCCGACGACGCCGACGGUCGUGGGCGACGGCGCGGUCGCGCACGACGACAUGAUCUUUCUCAUUCUCCACUACCUGGAGAGCACAGGCUUGUUUGCAGCCACGGUGGCACUCCUCCUCGAGUCGGGCCUGGACCAUCGAUGGCUCUGUGGGCCGAGCCGCGCCAUGGCCCAGCUCCGUGUCUACCUUCUGCGUGGCGAGUUUGCACUUGCCUUGGCGCUCCUCGAGCCGCUGCAGACGCAGGCGCCGACCUCGUACGCUCGCGUGCGCGACCAUAUCUGCGCCCACGCCUUUCUCGAAGCCUGCGCCGACGCGGCACCGAUACCGUCGCGGCUUGUGUGGCUUCAAUCUCUGACAAAGGCACACGCCGAGUAUCGUCUGUUCGAGACACUGGCGUUUGCAACGACGCCGACGGUGCACCCGACGCUCGCGUUGUGGAACACGGCACAGCGCCGGCUGCAGUGCUACGCCGAGAUCCUUGCCGACGUCCGGGAGCUACCGGACGACAACGAUGGCGUGGCGCGGUACAUAGCGAUGCCACCGAUGCAGCUGCGUACGCUCGUGGGCCAGGCGCUGCGUUAUCAGGCCCGCGAGAGCAACCAAGACGACACACCACUGGACUGCCUCCGACCGGACGCGAUGCCGUUGCCGGUGCCGACGCAACACCUGCUUCACUUAGCAUCGACGUCGUCCGUCGAUGACAAGAAAACGACGGCUGUCACCGCCUCGAUGGUACUGCCGCCGAAACGACCGUGGACGACCACCGCACCACAGAACAACGUGGCGUGCCAGACGACGAGCUCCCUGGUGCGAGCCAGUGAUGUUGGCUUGCAGACGUCGGUCGCCGUCGAUACGAUGGGCGUGCAGACAACGGUCGUCGUCGCUACACUGGGUGUGCAGACGCUAGCGACGCCGCUUGCGUCCGCGUUAGUACAAACACAUAGCAUCGACUGCUCGACGACGAGCGCGCAGACGGAGCCGCGAACCGAGGAUGCGAGCUCGCAUUUUGGUAUACAAACCGACGUGGCCGAGAUCGCGCACACCGAGUCGCAGACGCCGCCGACGUCAACGCAAGACGUCGGCCACCAGACGGCACUACGCACGCUGUCGACCGACGCCGAAGUGCAGACAACGAUGUCGACGACACUGUGCGACGCGUUUAUGCAAACGACCGCACUCUCUCCCAGUGCGCCCUCCGUCAUCCCACUCGUACUCCCGACGCCAACCGCCGAGCCGACGCUACUUCACCACCCGCCGCCACCGGCGUCCACGGAUUUUAUACGGCUGUCCAUGACUGCACCGCCGCCCGUCGCGCCGACAACGCUCGGUCGGCGCAACGAUAUGGUUCGACUCUCGGACGGAUUAGCACACCUCAGUCGCCAGACCGGUGCGUUACCACAAGCACCCCCGACGCUGCCAAAACCGAAGAGUCCGGUCUUCCUUUCGACGACGUCGUUCUCAACGCAUCGAUCGUCCGUGCCGACUGAACGCUCGGCAAAACCUUCAGCGUACGACCAGGUGCCGAGCCCGGCGACGGCGGUCGUCGUUGCCGAGACGCGCGAGGCACAGGCGGUCCGAGCGCUGCAAGUGAGCCACCACGGCAAGUACCUCUUGGUCGGUACGAACGCGCGGGCCGUGCGCGUCCUCAACGUCCGUGAUGCUCUGGCGGGGCCUCGAGACGCCGUCGCCGGCGCGGCGCUGGCACUGUUGCCGGUAACGAUCCACGGGUGCAGCGAGUAG